GUACACGCGCGCAGCUUCAUUACAAUUUAUCACUCGUCGUCGUCGUCAGUCGGUUCGGCCCGACCCGGCAUCGCGAUAUACAUUGCAGUCUCGGCGCGUCUCUCUGUCUCCGCAGUGACAGAUUCGUUUCCGAUCUCAUCGUUUUAGUCCGCCGCCGCCGUGAACUGUGACGCGAUACCGCCGCAGCAAGUACCAAUAUACAACUGCCGAGCGCCACCGAUAUAAUAAUAUUGUCAUCAAAUAUUAUAUUAUUAGGCACCACAUUGUUGUAUGUGCUAUUUUUCCCGUAUACAUAUCGAGGCACGCUAAAAAGACACAUAUCUCUUGGACCUCGGUCGUUCGCGACACGUAUAAACGGAGAAGCGCGUAUUGUGUGAUGUGAUGUUCCUGUUACGGCCGUGAGUAUGUGGAACAAACAACACCGUCGUAACAAUAUGAAUAUUAAAUAAAAACUGUUACCUACCUACUUCUCCAUUUGAAAUCGGGCCACACUAAAGGACAGAUAUAAGCGUAGGUAUUUAUUUUGUCUCUAUCGUCCUGUCGCAACACGAUGCGUUCAACACUACUGCUGACGGCCGCCAUCUCGCUCUUGACGACCGAUAUCUGUUUGGCCAGCGAUCCAUUGGCCCAAGAGUACGGCGAGCUAGUGUUUUCAUCACUGCUUUAUAGACAUGGUGAUCGAGCAAUUACUGAUUUAUCUUACCCAAAAGAUCCUUACAGAAACGCAUCUUACUGGCCCAUGGGAUAUGGACAAUUGACUAAUCAAGGAAAAGAAAGACAUUAUGAAUUUGGAAAGUGGAUAAGAAAUAGAUACAGUGAUUUUUUGCCUGUUCGAUAUUCAAGUGAAGAUAUAUACAUUCGUAGUACUAGUGUGGAUCGUGCUUUAAUGAGUGCUGCUGUUAAUCUUGCUGGUUUAUAUGCACCAACAGCAGAUCAAAAAUGGAAUAACAAAUUAGGAACUUUAUGGCAACCAAUUCCAAUUCAUUCAAUACCACGAGAUCUCGACAAGUCAUUGUCUUUUGGUAAUAACUGUCCUCGGUUCACAAGAGAUUUUAAUAAUCUUCAAAAUUUACCAGAAAUACAACGAUUUAAUGAAGAUCACCAGCCUUUAUACAAUUACCUUAAAGAAAACAGUGGCAUGAAUUUCACUGAUUUAAUUGAUGACACAUUAACUUUAUAUGAUUUAUUAUUGGUUGAGACACAAUUUAACUAUACAUUACCCAAUUGGACCAAUUCUGUAUUCCCUGACAAAUUAAGAGAAGUUUCUGAAUUGGCAUUUCUAUUGCCAACAUAUACUCCAAUAUUGAAGAAACUAAGUUGUGGUGUAUUACUUAAUGAAAUAGUUGAUAAUAUGAAACAGAAACGGAAUGGAACUAUGCAAACCGAUUUCAAAUUAUGGGUAUACUCAGCUCAUGAUACCAAUGUAGCUGGUUUAUUACAUUCUUUAAAUGUUUACAAUCAUAAAUUACCACCUUAUACUGCUGCGGUGUUUAUAGAACUUAGGAAGAGUAAAAACUCAAAUAAUACUUUUGUUGUUACUGUAUCAUAUAGAAACACUUCUACUCACGAUCCUUAUUUGCUCCAUGUCCCUGGUUGUGAUUCAAUAGCAUGCGAUCUAGACCAGUUUAUUGAUGUUGUCAAUCCAAUUCUACUUACAGACUGGUAUAAAGAAUGCCAUAAGCCUGAAGAAAAUAAUGUUUUGGCAUAUUUUGGAAUUAUUGCGGUAAUAUUGAUAGUUGUUUCAAUCAUAUUUUUUAUGUUGAACAAAAAAUAUUUCAUCUGUUAUUGUGGCCGAAAUUAUCAAAAAUUGUACCAUGCCGUGCCCCGGGAGGAGACCGAGACAGUGGACUUCGAUCAAGACGGACGGAGUCGCGUAGCCGUCUCGUUUCGGAUGAACGGCGUCGAAUCGACAUCCGCAGACGUGUAAAUAUUAUAUUAUUAUUAUAAUAUAAUAGUAUCUACGUACCUGCAGCAGUAUAAUAUAUUAUUAUAAUAUAAUGUGUAACACAGAGGGCGGUGCAUCGCAUAUAGCGACGGUUUCGAAAUUAUUGUCAUAAUAAUAUAGUAGGUAGCUAUACCGCCUAUAUUAUUAUGAUCGAUUUUUGUAGAAUGUCGAGAAAUGUAAUUUCUCAAAAACUGCAGGUUUCUCGAUUGAUCGUCUAAGAGACACUGCAAUUUUUUUGCAGUGCGUUUCAUUAUUGUCGCGCAAUCGCCAUUUGUUUAUACAUUUAAUAUUAUUAUUAUUAUUAUUAUUAUUUAUUACACAUUUACACUUAACAUAAUUUAAAAAUAUAGAAUACAAAUACCUAUAUAUUAUUUAUAUAUUUAUAUCGUAUAUUAUGAUUAUGAUGACUCUGACCAUUGUACGAGAUGGAUGAGAACUUUUCCCGCACAAUAUACCUUAGCAGCAGCGUAUAAGGUUGCAGUGAUGGCUACCUACUUGGCCAUAAUUAUUGUGCUGUUUGUCGUAUUACCCCCAAAAUAUAAACAAUAUUAUAUUUCUACACCAGAGCAUGGCUAAUAUAUAGGUAUAUUUAGCCAUGCACCAACUGAGUACCAGACUACGGGAUAUAGGUUGGUACAGAAGAGUCUCGAUAAUUUUUAGAAUAUCAAGGAGAAUAAAAAUAAAAUUAACUUAUGUAUUUUUUGAGUUAUACUUACCUAUAGGUACCUAUAGGUUAUAACCGAGGGGCAAGAAAAAAAUUCGAGUUAUCGAGACUCGACUGUAUAUUAAUAUUAUAUUAUUUAUAUUUUAUAUAAAAAGCGCAUAAAAGCGAUAACUGGGAGGUGCUUUUACUAUAUAUAUUUUGUUUGUCAUAUACCUAUCUACUUGUAUGAUGUUUUAUAAUUUUCGAUCUCGAGAUUAAAAGAAUUCCUGGUACUUAACUCAUAACUGUAUAUGUUUUUGCCAAGCUACUGUCUGCCGUUGGUAUGGUAUUUAAUCAGUUUAAUCUAAAAGGAUAUUGAUAAGGAGAGGCCAAAUACCAAAUUUAUUGCUGAUUUGAAAAAAUUAAGACAUUUUUUACUACCUAAAAACGACUUUCCAGCUUUUUAUUCAAGGGUCAAGGCCCCCUUUUAGAUUUUAAGUCAUCACAACGCCCAUCUAUUUAAAAAAAAUAAAUUUCUGACGUUUUUUAUAUUUUUGGUUUUACUAAAAUGUUGAUAGAUAAUAAAAUGUAAAAUUUAUUUAGUUUUUUGUCAUACAUAUUAUAUAUAAGUACGCCUACUUAAACCAGCCUACUGUAAUACUGUCUAUAUAGACCGUUAGGUAGUAAGUAACUAUACAGUAUACGAUAAUAUACAUGUUUAUAUUUUCUUAAAAUAUUUAAUGUAAAUUGGCACCUAUUAAAAAUAUAAACUUUACAAGUAUAAUAUUACUACAUAAUAAUAUGUAAAUAUCUAGGUAUAGUACAUAUAUGGCUAUAAACUGCAUUUGGAAUUUGAAAAUUAAAUUAGUUAGUAUUUUAUUAAACGCAGUUAUUCAUAAUGUUAUUAAUAUACGAUGUAUAAAACUUUAAAAAUAUAAGUGACCAAAGAAUAGCCACCUCGAAAUUUUAUUGGUGGCAAGGCGCAAAGGGGGAGGGGGUAGCAUACAUUUUCUAUGUAGCUGGAAUAUAUAUACCUGCAAUUGUUACUUUUAAAUAUAUAGUGUAUACCAAGGGCCACUAAUUAGGGCCAAAAUAGGAAUCUGGAAAUGUGUACCUACACUGGUCAUCCAAAUUGCUGACGUCGGUAAAAUCCAAUGGACCAAUGAUAAAUUAUUACAACACUAGAACGUAUAAUAUUAUCGGUCUUUACUUUUUUUUCUUGUCUGCGUGCUGGAUAAAAUUUGUCCGCCAUUUGGUGAGACCUUCCUUGGUGUAUAGGUACAGUGUAAUAUAGGUAGUAUAGGUACCUACAACACAGAAAAUAAUACAAAACGUAUACAAUAUUCGUUAAAAAUAUAACAUUCAAAUAUAUUGAAAUUUUACGGUUUUUUAAAUUAUUAUUAAGUAUACUCAAAUCGUACAUACCAACAGGUAUGUAUAGGGAUGAUUAUAGUAUACA